AUGAGAAAGCCGAAAGGUCCUCUGUCGAGGACCGUGUGUUUGCUGAUGGUCAUUGGUUUCAUCUGGUGUCUGAGUUUACCAUAUUUCAUCCUGAGCAGCGCUGAUCAGCGGGGCAUCAGUGCUACCAAACUGAGGCAACAUGGCAAAGUGUGGAUGGAAACAGGCAGGGCUGAAGAAAUAAUGACGAGGAUUGUUAAAUUUGUGGAUGAUCUCCUGAACAUUGUGGGAUACUCUAACAACUUCUCUCGCCCACCUCCACUGAGAGACUAUCAAGAGGAACUGCAAUUACUCCAGAUUAAAAUGGAGGCAGAAAAAGAGAAAGGACAACUGAGGGAUGAGAUGAUAAAGGAGCUGCGUUCUGAAAAAAUCCAGCUGCAGCAACAAGUGGCUCACGGCGAGGAACUCCUAAAGCUACAGGCUGAGAAGGAAGAGAAAAAACUCAAAUCUGCCUCUCCCCCGCCUCCCUUGAGGGACUACAAAGAGGAAUUACAGUCACUCCGGAUUAAAAUGGAGGCAGAAAAAGAGAAAGGAGAAAUGAGGGAUGAGAUGAUCAAGGAGCUGCGUUCUGACAAACUCCAUCUGCAGCAACAAGUGGCUCACUUGGAGGAACUUCUGAAGCUACAGGCAGAGAAGAAAGAGAUGACACUCCAACAAGUCAAAACUGAUGAUAAAAUCGAAGAGGAUAAAAACUGCCCACUCCCACCAUUGGAUGGAUACCCAGAUUGUAUGGGGAAAUUGAAGUGGAUGAAGGGAAGUUGGAAGUCUGACCCUUGCUACAGUCUUCAUGGGGUGAAUGGAUCUCUGUGCUCCAACCUCAUCUACCUCAGUGAGAUAGAGUCAUGGUGUCCUGUGCUUCCAGGCCGAGUUAUUCCAGUAGAGGAAAAGGCAGGGUCUGACCAUGCAGUGGUACAGGAAAGUCUAAAAGAUCUGUACCCCCUUCUGGACAAGAGAGUCCAGUUUCGUUGGAUUCGCCAAAGAAUUGGCAGUAUGGAGAAGAUCUGGGUCGAGGCUGGACGUUCUCUUUCAGCCAAAUACAACCUCACAGAGAGGAAAGCCAAACAGAUUCUGGUGCAUCCUGGAGCAGUUACAGAUGAAUCUCAUGUUAGAAUAGCAGAGGCUGCCUUCAGUGGGGGUCCCCUUGGGGAGCUAGUCCAGUGGAGUGACCUCAUCUCCACACUUUACAUCCUGGGCCACCAUGUUCACCUUACUGCUUCCAUACCCGACCUCAAAUAUUUUCUAGGGGUUAAGACAGGUGGCUGCCCACCUCGUCAGUCAAAAGUGGAAGUAGACUUGAUCUAUACUGACAUUAUUGGCCUCAGACAGAUUCAGGCAAUACUAAACGCAUCUUGGAUCAAAUACAGGUGCAAGAUUCGUGUGUUGGACACUUUCGGCACUGAGCCAGACUUUAAUCACAUAGGUUGGGCCAAAAAGCACAACCUUAGUAGUCCAUUUGGCAGCCUGCACCUGAUCCCAAUGCAAUUCUACACCAUGUUCCCUCAUACACCAGACAACACAUUCCUGGGCUUUGUGGUGCAGCACCAGCUGAGUUCUGAACAAGCUGAGCUGUUAAAGUCUACCUCAAGACAAAACCAGGCACUUGUGUAUGGCAAGAGAGGCACAUUUUGGAAGGGUAAAGAGGCUUAUGUGGACAUUAUCCACAAGUACUUGGAGGUCCAUGGGACAGUUGAUAGCAGUGCUACGAUUCCAAAAUAUGUGAAAAACCACGGCAUUGUCAAAGGCACUGAAGUUCAGACCCUGCUGAGACAGAGCAAGGUUUUUGUUGGAUUGUCUUUCCCAUAUGAAGGCCCCGCCCCAUUGGAGGCAAUAGCCAAUGGUUGUGCUUUCCUGAACCCCAGGUUAUACCCGCCACAGAGUAGCCUUAACACUGACUUCUUCAAGGGAAAACCCAACAUCCGAGAGGUGACAUCCCAGCAUCCUUAUGCCGAAGCCAUAGGAGAGCCCUAUGUUUGGAUGGUAGAUAUGCAUAACUCCACAGAUGUGGAGAGAGCUCUCACUUCUAUCCUCAAUCAGACUCUUGAGCCAUACCUUCCCUAUGAGUUUUCCUGUGAAGGGAUGCUCCAAAGGGUCAACAGCCUGAUUGAGAAACAGGACCUCUGCAGUAGUACAGCGAGCUGGCCCCCACUGAGCGCACUCCAAGUUGUUGAGGCAAAGGUGAACAUGUCCUGUAAACAGGAAUGCCAGAGGGCGGGGCUGAUAUGUGAACCUGCAUUCUUCCCGCAUGUUAACAAUGCUGAAAAUCUUGCCAAAUACAGUGUAGACUGUCAAACAUCUGAGCUUUCUGACAGUCAUUUGGUGUUUCCAGCCUACAACAGCAGCAGUAAACACUGUCUGUUCCAGUCCGACUCCCUGCUCUUCAGCUGUGUGAGGUCAGACCCGGCCUUGAUUCGUGUCUGCCCCUGCAGAGACUACAUUAAGGACCAAAUAGCCUUAUGCAAAGCAUGUGUCUAACUGCUGGAUGGAAAACAAAACCCUACAUGUACAGACAGGUCAAUGGUUCCCAUUAUUACAA